CAAAGCUCGCGUGAUAAUGCCUGCCGGAAAGUAUAGUGUAUAUGAGUCCGACUGGGAUAGCUUCACGUGAACACGUAAAGAAUGCGCUAGCCAAAGCUCCCGCUUACUAUCCCUCGGCUCAGCGCUUCAUCCUUUCUCCCAAUGCCAUACAACCAAUCGCUGCACAAACAAGAAUAACUCACAAGCCUCUAAUCACCUCAGUGGCAUAUUUUCCUUUGGUACCCCCUAGACCUCUCCAUCAAGUCAAACAUGAAUGAUACACCGCCCAAGAAAAAGCGAAGAGGUGGACCUCGACGAAGAACAGGUGUCGACACGUGUAAACGUCGACAUACCCGCUGCGAUGAGAAAAAGCCGGUCUGUGGGAAUUGCGAGCGCCUAGAUCUUGAGUGCGAGCAAUCUGACGAUGCAAGCUGGAAAAUCACCCAUGCAGACCUGCCACAAGAUCAGCCCGGUCAGGCUGGACUUUCAUUACUGGACAUUUUCAGGUCAGAUAUGAGUGGCCUAGAGGAAAACUCUGAAGUAGUUGCAUCGUAUCGUAUCACUACGCCAGCCAAUCUAAUAUCGCCAUCCGCAACGGUGGACUCUAAUAAUCUAGUCGACAGUAUAUCCCUAACUACGGAAGCAGCCUUUCUUCUGCAAACCUACGUACGAACUGUUGCAACUUGGAUGGACUGCUUUGAUCACGACAGCACCUAUCAAUUGAAGAUCCCAAAACUUGUCACCAAAUCUCCGCUGCUUUGUAAGUAACUAGCCUUCUGUAAGACGUUCUUUAGACUGUCUUAGGUAGUAUUUGUAUUAUCUAUUAAGAAAAGUGCUGAUCCUGUUGCUACUUUCAGUCCAUUGUGUAUGCGCGUUCACAGCUAAUCACCUUGCACUCUCUGGUUCGAGCCACAACCCGGCUUGGAAGCUGGUAGCAGUGAAGCACUACGGCGAAGUACUUGUGCUACAGC